AUUUGUUUCCACAAAAUGUCGCUCAACAAUAUUCAAAAGUACAAAAGAAAAAUGUGAUAAAAUAAUAAAUUAUAAAAAUGUCCGAAAGCUCUCCAGAUUUAUCCCUAAAGCUUCGUCGCGGCUCUAGCGAUUCGCGAGACUCGUUUUAUAUGGAUUUCGAUAGGGGAAUCGACUCCGACAUCGAAGAAAUGGCUUCGGGGGCUGAUUUCGGGGGUGACACCACCACUUCGACCGCUUUAUUAGGCAUUAAAACAAUUGACGACGAUUGGCCUAACAUUCCCCCUCAAAACAUGAGCGGAGGCAGCAGGAGCAGCGCAGCAAUUUUAGGUCCGCUUUUACCGUCUCCCCUUGCUGUUAUAGUUUCUCCGGAAACAUCACCGACGAAAAAUGUUAAUACAGUUCAAAUACACACAUUUAAGACCGUCUCUACACCACCUACAAAUUACUAUUAUCAUCAUCAUCAACAACCGCCUGUUGGAAGACGGUUGAGUAGGGCGGAAAAACAAAGCGAAUGGCGUCAAUUAGGGCUGGAUGCUCUUACAACUACCCUCUCAGCGCUUUAUGGCAAACUGCUGGUCGUCAUGGGAACAGCGUUUCCCAUGGCGGAAGUAAUUUCCACCUACAUCCCCCCGUCCUUUUACGAAGCCUACUAUCUCUAUCUCUACAUCGGAAGUAUGCUGUUUCUAUUCUACAUGUGGGCGGCACUUUUAAGAGACAAAAGACGCACGAAAAAAAAAAGACGGAAAGACACAAAUAUGACAGCCAGUGCAGGUCUGGCAGAAACAAAAGACGAAAUCAUUUCCGACGAAGAAUCGGACAACGAUUCGACAAGUUCCGGCAGCGUUCCGAGCUCCGAAACGCCCAAGUAUCGAUCCCGAGUAUCGUCGAUAUCGGUAUCGAAACAGAACCAUUACGGCAGUUUUUAUUUGAGAAUGGGCGCGGUCGCUUUCGGAAUCGGCAGCAUGAUCUACUCCGGCUUGGAGUUCGGACAAUAUUUCGAACUAGAACGGAACACCAAGUGCCACAACGUGUUGCUGGCUCUGACUCCCGCUACAAGAAUGGCUUUUAUUUUUAUACAAAUGUAUUUUAUUUUUUUAAAUAAUGAGCAAAUGCGUGUCUACAAGCACAAACUAGCUGCAAGGUUUGGCCUGAUGCACAUGAUUGGUACAAAUUUGUCCGUAUGGCUUAACGUUUUAGUACAAGAAACCAAACACGAAAUAUUGACUUUUUACAAUCCGGAAAAUAACUCGCUAAGAAUUUCGCACAGGAUUCCUUAUAAAGGUCAUCAUCAUAUAGUUGUUAGAGGCCUUAAAGGACCGCAUCACCUCUACGAGUGCCGAAGAACGAAUAUUAUUGGUUCCUUAGUACAAGACGCUUCUCCAUUUUUGUUUCCUUGUACAAUCGAGUACAGUUUAAUAUGUGCAGCCAUUUUGUAUGUCAUGUGGCGCAGUAUGUCAAAGCUAAAUGUCAAUAGUAAAUUGAAAGUCAAAACAGAAGUAAGCGCGUAUAAAAGAAGCCCCCACCACUAUUCGGUAGACUGUGCGCGUGCGCACAAAGGCCUUUUCGUUGGUAUUUUGUUUCUAGUUUUGACAAUUAUAAGUUUGAUUUUGUUUUUCGUACUCAUAUCAAAAGCAGAAUUUGUUGGUUUGGCUGUCAUCGAAGUAAACAUUUGCGAGCUGACGUUGUACGGAAUGACAACUUUGGCGUCUGUCAUCGGUAUGUGGCAGGUGCGUCAACUUAAGUACGAUGGAACGAAAAAUUUGCAGUUGGACAAUAUUUUGUUAGUCGGAGCGCAAACUGGCAUGUACGUUUACAGUAUGUUUACGAUAAUCGGCGGUCAAUUUACCGUACAGAAAAAUACCGUUUUAGUUUUGGUUACUGCGGUAGCUUCUUUAUUACAAACCACCUGUCAAACUAUAUUUAUUUUAGACGCGUCGCGACGCACCUGCGCCACUCCCGAUCAGAUACGGAAAAAACCCGGCAGGGAAAUUGUUACUUUUUUGCUUGUGACAAAUUUAGCUAUGUGGGCUAUUAACACUCUGGAAAAAUCCAGGGCCGAAUCGCAUCCGAUCCAGUUGCACUUUUAUGGCUUGUGGGCUUGGACUAUUAUCACGCACGUGUCCAUGCCUUUGGCCAUUUUUUAUCGGUUCCAUUCCACUGUGUGUUUAUGUGAGAUAUGGAAGAGGGCUUAUAAAAUGAAACCUACUUACAUGUAGAAUAGUAGAUAUGUAUUGAGGGGAGCAAUAAGAAAAAUGUAUUUUUAUAUACGUUUUAUAUCUAUUAUACAAUGUUUGAUAUAUGAAUUAUUUACUCCAAAACUAUUUAACGAAAGUAUAUUGACUUGACUUCAUUCAAAUCGCCUGAAAUAUUGAAUUAUGGAAGUUCUCAUCCGUGCAGCUGGCUUUUUAAUGGCCUCCGUGAUUUGAUUUAUCCCCGUUUUAACACGUUCUGACGAUUAUGUCGUUUGUAAUGUCUUUUCUCAAAGCGCGACUUCUGGUUUAAUAAUUGGAAUAAAAAUACUACUGGUGGCCAAAAAAAUCUGGAUAAAACGGCGAGAAUUCCUUUAUCAUCUUGUUUUGCUGUCAUUCAUUAAUUAUUUACUUUUAUAUUUAAUUUUUUUUCUUUCAUGUUCAACUUUCUCUUUUUUUUACUUUUUUCUCAUAUUUUCUCUCCCUUUUGAUUUUCUCAUUUUCGUUGUUUUGUUUCGUUGAUUGAAGUUGGUUCUCAAAACGUUGCCAAACUUACAUAUCUAUACUCAAAGAUGCAAUAAAUCAAAUCAAACCUCAUUAGAAUUUAAGAUUAUAUUAAAUGUAUUAUUGUUUUGUUAUGUUUAAAUAAUUAUUAAAUAUUAUUAGUGUGUCCUAGAUCAUUUAUGACCUCAUAUAUAGAUUGUCAGAGUUGUGCAAACUGUACCUACCUAAGGUAUUUUGUUCUAUUAUACUAGUAGUCCAUUUUUGUGCCAUAUUAUUUUAUAGAUAUUUAUAUUAUAUUGCUUUUUGUUGAUUCAAAUACAAUAUUUAUUCAUG